UAUAGGUUUGUUUACAGGAAAGACUCAGUACUUUAUUGUCCAUUUCAUUAUCAGAAAGGGAAAUUUGUCUUUAGCUCUGGUAGAAAGACAAUUGUACAUCAGAAACACAUAACUAGAUAAAAGAUCAAUAAAACAAAGAACUAUAAAUAAAAACAGUGAAGCAACACUGAGUUAAAUAAAGCAGUGAAGGAGAAAUAUAACAAUGGAAUGUCUCAAAAAUAUACAAGUAUGUACCAAAAGUCAGAGGCAUGGGACAGAUCCUGUAAAAUGUAUUUAAAGAAAUGACCACUACUGAUAGAAUGAAAGACAUUUUGCAGCACUUUUCCUUCACCCUAUUAUCAUGUAGUUUACAAACGUUAGAGACGAAUAAGAAAAGGUUAACCUGUCACAUCUGAAGAUGGCUUUUAUUGCCACUUCACCUAACCCCACCCUCAUUUUAUGUUAUGGAUUUUAAGACGUGGGGGUUUACAAUGAUGUCUAUUUUUCUAAUGUAGAUUAUGAAAGUGACAAUAUAAUGACGAAUACACCACAUUUACAAGCAGGCUUCGUUUUUCAGAGCAAACUUAUUUCAAUAUGUUGAAAGAAAACUAUUUCUUAAGCACAUACAUUUAUUAGAUAUAAUUUAUUAGAUAUUAUUUAUUAAAUAUGACAUAUUUAUUCUGAAUUCUGCUUACUUCAUUUAGCCUACUAGGGGAAAAAAAGUUUAUUCUGAUAGGCUUGAGCGGAAGUCGUAUAAUUGUACUAUCUCCAGCUUGAUUGUGAUGAGUAAACGUGUUGGCUACAUUGCGUUGCACUGAUGUUAAAGCUUGCCUUGUGCACCCAGCCGUCUCCAUCCACCUUACAGCAGCACCGUCAGCUUCCCAGUAGCUGCCUGCAUCGUCCCGCGUGGACCCCCUGCCUUGCUACCGCCUGUUGUGUGGAUAACUCCAGCACAAUGGCAGAGGAUUUGGGGGAGCCUCUGUCGUACACAAACAACAGGUCGCAUGGAUAAUCCUUGUACAACCCCACCGCAUCAUCUCGUGUUUCGGAUGAUUAGAGCGCCGCUGUCGACUUGAUGUGGCCGCAGAGCCACGCGGAGGCUGGGCAUCUCAGCUGGGCUGUCGACUGACAGGAAAGCGGCGCGGAGCAGGUGCAGUGUGGCUGGGGGGCUCAGCAGGAUGGAAAUAGAUGCCUGUUUUCGCUACUACUUCCAGCACCCGUGGUCACGACUCAUUGUGGCCUACCUCGUCACCUUCUUCAACUUCCUCAUCUUCGCUGAAGACCCCGUUUCCCACAGUCAGACAGAAGCCCAUAUGAUUGUGGUGGGCAACUGCUUCUCCUUCCUGUUCAACAAGUACCCCGGCCUCGGGUGGAACAUCCUGAAAGUAAUAUGUUGGAUACUGGCCAUCAUCACUGGCCUGCUAGCUGGGAAGUUUAUAUUCCACCGCCAGCUCUUUGGUCGUUACCUGCGGCUGAAAAUGUUCCGCGAGGAUCAUGGCUCCUGGAUGACCAUGUUCUUCAGCACCAUCCUCUUCCUCUUCAUCUUCUCACACAUCUACAACCUUUUCCUGCUGAUGGCUGGCAGCAUGGAACCUCACAUGGUGACAGAAUACAUGGGCAUCAGGAAUGAGAGUUUCAUGAAGAUUGCUGCAGUAGGGACAUGGAUGGGGGAUUUUGUCACUGCUUGGAUGGUGACAGACAUGAUGCUGCAGGAUCAGCACUAUCCAGAUUGGGGCAAAGCUGCCAGAAGGUUCUGGAAACAAGGAAACAACAGGAUUGUCCUCUUCUGGACAGUGCUCAUCUCUUUGACCUCAGUGGUGGUUCUGGUCAUCAGUACCGACUGGAUCAGCUGGGACAACCUGAACAGGGGCUUCCUGCCCAGCGACGAGGUCUCCAGAGCCUUCCUAGCCUCCUUCAUCUUGGUCUUCGACCUUCUCAUUGUCAUGCAGGAUUGGGAGUUCCCACAUUUCAUGGGUGACCUGGAUAUGAAUCUGCCCGGAAUGUCAACGACACAUGUGAAGGUCAAGCUUCCUGUGUGCAAGCGUAUCUUCAAAGAGGAGUACCACAUUCAUAUCACAGGGAAGUGGUUUAACUAUGGUAUCAUCUUCCUUGUGCUGAUUCUGGACCUCAACAUGUGGAAGAACCAGAUCUUCUACAAGCCCUAUGAAUACGGUCAGUAUGUUGGGCCUGGCGAGAAGAUCUACACAGUGGAGGAGCCUGAAACACUUAGUGACUUUAACCACAGCACGCUCACUUACGAUUGGCGCUCCACCAACAUCGAUCCCAGAACCAACCUGACCUAUGUGAAACGAGACAUGUUCCUCCAUAGCCGCUACGUAGGGGCCAGCCUCGACGUCAAAUGCCUGGCAUUCAUUCCGAGCCUGGCAGCAUUUGUUCUCUUCGGUUUCUUCAUCUGGUUGUUCGGACGAUUUCAGGACAGCGAGACCUUCACGGAAAAUCAAGAUAAGACAUAUGAGAGAAUUAAAAGAAAGUCACCGUCAGAGUAUAGUAAGGAGAUGGGUGUGACACCAGAGGAGAUGCACAUGACAAUGAGUGAAAGCUUGAAGCGGUCGGGAAUGCCGAUGCUCCUGUCGGUGGAUGGGCCUCACUUUGGAGCAACACCCUCUACAAACUCCACCAUUUCGAUGGAAACCCAAGAGACGCAUCCUAGCAUUGUGAUUGACAUUGCAAUGCAGGAUGAACCAGCAGUCUCUUUUGAUGUCAACAGACUUUCACCAUGAAACUUUGAACUGUAUAACACCAGAAAGGUUACAAGUAAAAUUAACAUUAAGCAAAGAUGUAGCUCGUAAACAUCUUGGAUUGUUAUAUGAUUUCAGAAAAGAGUAAACCAAAUCAAUCAAGAGGUAAGAGGUGAGGAAUCCUGCAAGCUGUUGCAGUCUUAAUAUAUUUUUGUAGAACCUUUGUAUAAGCCUGUACGUUGGUACCAGGGGUGAUGCAGAAAGUGAUUACAAGCAGCCCUUUUUAAACAGAAGGCAAACUCUUAAUUGACAUGGUGCUCACUCAGAUUUUGCAUUUUCAUAAUUGACUUUGGUCCAGUUAUCUAAUGGGUGCCUACAUCAGAGAAGUGUUUCUACAGCUGUGACUUGCAGUCAGACUGAUUUCUUUGUGUCAGAGCAGUGUUACAGCUACUGUUGUGCCUUGAUAUUUCAUAUGUUUAUAUACAAACCUAUAUUCUAACAGCCUAUACAGCGAAAGGCAAGAACAUGGAAGAUGUACUAACUAAAGUCUGUUAUUUAAACGUCUGUUAUAUGUUUUCAUAUCAAAAAUACAAGUUUUACCUCCUUUAAUCUGCAGAUUGUUUUAUUGUAAUUUAUUCUUCUUUAAUGUCGCUUUUAAUCUAUUUUAAAUGUAUAUCUCUUGUUGAAAUGGCAUGAUCAUCAGCAUCAAUGUACACUGAUGACCUUUUCAUAUCCCCUCACUUGAUAUCAGUUUCGAAGAUAAUAAAUGCAAUCAGCAGAGAUAAAAUAGCAAACCAACAAGCCGCCUCGUGAUUGCUGAUGUGGCUGCUGCUACUUUUGCUGAAUACCAAGAGAGUCAGAGAACUAGUUUUGCCCUUGGCAUAAACAUGCGAUUGAAGUGUAGGGGUGGCUUCUUCAAACUCAGGGCUUUAUGUCUAAAUAAUCCUUGAAGGUUUCAGAGGCAGUUUUGCAGGUAAAUGCAUGAAAAAUGUUGAGUUGAUUAAUUACUCUCAUG